UGAAAGCGAGAGAGGUCGCCGCCGCCGUGCCGCGCGCUCGUCUCCGUGCGCUGCUGCUCCACUUCGGUCGACGGCGGGGCAGCGAGCCGACCGACGGGCCAGCGGGCCGCCUCGUCCAGCCAGCGCCGUGCCCCAGUGAGCUAGGCGGCUGCGCUGGCCAGCUGCAGCCAGCGGGGCAGUGAGCCCCCGCCUGGUCACGUGAGACCGCCCCGGUCUGCGCCAGGCAGCUGGUGUGACCCUCUGGCGGGCGCGCGUCUCGGUGUGACCUCUCCAGCGGGCGCGCGUCUCGGUGUCUCUCCAGUGGACGGGAGUCGGGCGGUGGGAUGCGGGACGCCGCGGGCCGAGGCUGACCUGACCGGCGCCCCGGCAUGGAGACCGACACAAGGCGGCGGACGGCUCCGCUGACGGCCGCCGCUGCCUGGCUGGCCGUCUGGGCCGCUCUCCUGGCUCCGCCGCCGGCUCAAGGCCUGUGCCCGCCGCCGGAGGUACGGCUCAACAGCCACGCCAGACUCAGCUCGGACCAGCUCUCCGAGAACACCACGGCCAAGUACAGCUGUGAUCCCGGCUUCAUGCGGCUCGGGGAGAAGACUCGCCUGUGCAGCUCCGAUGACACCUGGACCGGUCAGCCGCCGUCCUGCGUGACGAACGUGGCGCAGGGCAAGCCGUCCAGCCAGUCGUCGACGGCGCGCGGCGGUCCCGGCCUCCAACGGCAACGACGGGGACCGGACGUCGCUGCACGACGGCGGCAAGUGCACCGAGACGCUGAACGAGACGUCGCCGUGGUGGCGGGUCGACCUGCUGGACACCUACCCGGUCCAGCUGAUCCGGGUCGUCACGCGCGGCUGCUGCGGUCAGCAGGCGCUCCAGGGCGUCGAGAUCAGAGUCGGCGACAGCGAGACACUGCAGGAUAACCGGCUCUGCGCCUGGUUCCCGGGAGCACUGCCCGAGGGCCAGGAGAAGGACUUCGAGUGCGCGCGCCCGCUCACCGGCCGCUACGUCUACGUCCAGAUGGUGGGCGUGGUGGGCGUGCUCUCUGUCUGCGAGGUGCAGGUGUUCACCGCCCAAG